AACGAGUUGUAACGGGCGAUUUUGGGAAAUAUAAUUUUAUCCAUUAGUUUUAAAUUGACGAAAGAUCAAACUUGAGUUUGUAAUUAUUAAAUGUUAUGUCUGUAUUGUGUUUUGUGUGAAUUUUACCCGUUUCAUCAUGGAUCCUUUUACUCAGCGUAUGUUAGAGCGAGCGCGAGCCAGACAAGAGAAAAUAGAUCAAAAACUAGCAAAUUCUGGCCAGACAGUUCCUAAGCGGAAGCCGUUAGCGGAAAAUAUUGAUUUAGCGAAAACGAAGGCGUCCCCAGUAAAAUCACCGAGUAAACCGGCACGUGAAUCGUUAUUAUCCCCUAAAAAGACUGCUAAAGAGUCAAUGAAUUGUGACACUCCUGUGAUAAAAAGGGUUAUUGAGAAAACGGAACGUGUAGCAUCCUCGCCUCAAAAGCCAAGGAACGAUGUAAUUGUAACGAAGAAAGAGUUCAAGAGUCCGAAACGCGGCAGUUUGACGAGGAGAAACUCUGAUGUGUCUGUAGAAAUUAACAUUUCUCAUAGAAAUGACAUUCAAAUUGAGGUUCAAGUGGAAGAACGCGAUGCCCCUAUCAGCAUUGUGUAUGAUCCAGACUUGGAGAGAGGAACUAAUGUAGUUAUUAAAGAAAUCGAAGACCAAACAUCAAAAGAAGAGACAAAUGUACCUGAUAUGACUGACAAUAAGACUGAGAAAUCAAAUGUACGGAAUAACUUCAAAUCAAGACUGGACCGGCUUGGGAAUUUAUAUUCUGAUAAGCCCAACCUCUCAUCUCCCAUACAUCGGACAGAGUUGGAUUUCUCCGCAGCAACACCGCCAAAGGAACCGAAACCUACACAGCAGCCGAAACAAGAUGGCAAGAAGAAGUUUGGUAGAUUGGCAGCGCUAGCCGAUCAGAUAAAUAACUGGGAGGAUGAUUUGAGUCAUCAUACUUUUCAACAACCGGAACCCAAGAAGCCCGCGCCAGCUAAAAAAUACGGAAAACCAAAGGAAGAGAAAUUGGACGCCUCCACACUGGAUGUGUCUAUCCACUCAUUGAAGGACAUCAAUACUGUACUGCAAACAGCUACGAAAGCUAAGCCCACUAGUAAGACCACAAAAUCGUCAACAAACGAGUGUCAAAGACUCAACAAAGAAAUAGUUGCAGAACUGGAAGGAGACGGGUACCGGCGCGUCUCUGCCACCCAAUCGCGGCUUGUGUACGACUUCGCCGCGAAGUUACCCGAACGCACCCGACAGGCGCCGGCGAGUGCAUCGACAACCCCCAGUGCAACUCCAGCCCUCAACAUGGCGACUAUGGUGGCCGCGCCGCCGUCCGUCACGAAAAAACCGUCGAUCAAAAAAUAUAAGGCGCCCACGCCGCCGGUCAGCGAGGAGAACUGUGACAGUGAUAAAGACAAAGAGAACAAUGUGGUGGAACGCGAAGAGAACGACAACACGGAUUGUAUACAAACAAAGCGAGACGACAAGCCGGCUAGCCCAGCUGUGAAGAGAUUAGCGCCCAAAUUAAACGGCAAUGUUGACAGGAGUUCUGUGCUUUCAAAGGCGGCGAUGUUCGAAGCCGGCAGUCCGCGGGCGAAGGAGAAAGACCCGGCCGAAAUGACGUUACGUGAACGCAAAGCGCUGUUCGAGAAAAAUAAAGGGACAAUAAUAGUACCGAAGGCACCCUUCGGACUUGCGCCCUCAAUAAAAACACUGCACGGCGACAAAGACAAGCCGAAACCCAUCCAACAAAAGACGCCCACAAAGAGCACGGAAAGUUCUAGAAGAAAUUCGAAUUCCAAUUCCAAAGACAGUCUUUCUGAAGACAAUAUCAGUCAGAGUUCCUUUGGAGGAGGCAUAAAGGGGAAGCUGGCUGCGCUAUUCAAUAAGGAGCAAACGAUAAGCGAGACAACAAUAGCGAAUAAGUUCAAGCAGGAAAGGGAGAAGGAGAUGGAGAUGCUGCAGAACAGAUUCCAUUAUAAGCCCCCGCCACCACCAAAACCACAAGACAAUGACUCAGAUGACGAUCACAGUGAAAAUGACCCAUCAGAGAAAGCGCCCCUCAUGGGGAGUACCACAAGUCUAGCGCAGAGGAAACCUGAAAUAAUAUCAAACGUACCUAAAACUAACGUGGAAGUACCAGAGGAGAGAAUAAAGGAGGAAGAUAAAAAUGUUGCAGCGCAGCCUAUUAAACGGAGAAGUUCCCAACAAGACUCAACCGUAGUUCUAUCAGUAUUGGAAGAUGUAAAACGGAUAAAAGUGAACAGUAAAGAGGCAAAUGGUACCAUUGUCCAACAACCGACGAGCCUAUAUCCGCAUUUAUCGGAUAUCGAAACGGAUAAUUCGAACACGCAAGAGGAGUAUUCGGAUUGUGGCGGAUCUAGCGAAGAGAAUAUUCCAGAAAAACUAAACAAAUCUGAUAAUUGGGCUGAUACAUCCUUCGGACGAGAGGUUAUGAAUGUCGUAAAACGCAACAACACGAGCUACAAGAAGGCAGUGCAAAGCGAUUCAGAGGAGAGUGCGUGUGACAGUGAACUGGACGAGUUACUGGAUGAAGCGCUGGAACACGAGGGACCGACACCGCCUAAAGUGAACAAGGUGAAUGAGGGCUGCCUCUCAUCGUCAAGUUUCGUGUAUCAGGACAAGGCGCAGUUCAAGUCGCCGCUGAAAAGCCAGCCCUUGGCCACGCCUGUGAGACUGGAUAAGGGCAGCGAACUGGUGCAUAGCGUGAGCUUCUAUAGACGGAUGCAAGCGUCAUCAACACCAACAACGCCCCUCCGUACGAUCCGACACACGUCACCCGAACGCGAACCGCCAGAAACGCCCGACGAGCCGACAGUCAAUGUGACAACUGUCAGACAGCGCAUCAAAGAGCUGCAGAACGAGAUCAGCAAGCAGCAGACUGUCAUAUCGCAGGCAAGCCAAGCGCUGAAUCUGUGCGCUGCUACAAUAGAGUUUAGUGGAUCUACGGAACAAGCUGAGGGAGAAAGACUUUUAUUAUUAGCGACCCACCGCCGCCAAGCAUGUUUACACGAGGUCCAAAGACUGCAAGUGGAAGGUGCUGGACCCGCGGGCUCUGCGGGCAUGGCCUCGUUGAAUAUGCGCAACGUUAGAGUGCCGUUACGUAGAGAUUAUGUGCGCCAGUUGCAUGCUGAUGGCGCCGUUGGACAUCACGCAGUGUGUCUACUAAAGUGUCGCGAUCGAGUGCUAGCGAGUAGCAUGCAACUGACGAAACCAAACGCGCCGCUAGUGUUCCCUGAUGAAAUACGUAUGGACGGAUUGGCUAGCGAUUUUAAGGUGACAGUUGAAGUUUACUUACUGCAAGCGUCCAAGGAGCUUCUACCGCACAAUGUUAAAUAUCACAUUACAAAUAAAAAGGGCAACUCAAAACUCUUAACACCAAAAUCUAAAGUGUCAGAACUAAAAGCGCCGCGCGUACAGAGCCCUGGGGGUCCGACGUCUGUGCGCAGUCCACAGUUUCAGUUGCACGGAUAUUGUAUAUUCGCACUGCAACAGGCCAAUCGGAAAACGUUUACGUUGAACAAGGUACCGUGCGGCAGUCCGCUGGAAGGCUCCAUCCACACGGACAUCUCGGCGCGCGUGCGUGUGGCGGCGCCGGCGCAGCACUGCGCGUUCCUCACGGCGUUCGACGACGUGAGCGGGCUGGGCGCGUGGCACCGCCGCUGGUUCCGCCUGCGCGCGCCGCGCCUCGCCUACUGGAAGUACCCGGACGACGUGCCGCGCAAGAUGCCGAUCGGCGAUAUAGACCUGACAACGGUCAUAUCAGAAAAAGUCGUAAAAGCCCCUCGAGAUCUUUGCGCUCGUCCGAACACGAUUCUUCUAGAGACAUCCGUCCCUGCAGGGCUCAUAGUCCCCGACACAGGGUCCCUGGUGUACUUCAAAGGGCCAGAUGGCAAUAUACGCAGGCGGCACUUGCUAGCAGCCGAUACGGCCAAGGAUAGGGACCAGUGGCUAGAGGCCCUGAAUAGUGCCCUGGAGUAUGUUAGGUGCUGUGUUGAUGAUGAGGAAUAAAGAAAAUAGUGGUAAAGUCCGGACGCGAACAAUUUCGUACAUUAACCUGUUAUUACCUGUCACUGUCACUCCCGCGUAAAUAUAAUAUUGUGUCUUGCUCGCACAGAUGCAAUGACCGCCGUCCUUAGGGAUUGUAAACUUUUAACCUGAGAGCGUAAGGUUUGUUCUUAAUUGCAUGUGGUUUUUUUAUUGACCUUGAGUCACGGCAAAAUCUAUCGUUUAUUAUAUAGUGGUUAUUGAAAAAAUUAAAAUGUAACUAAUAAGUAUUGUAAAUAAGAAAGGACAUUUAUUUAAUAAGUUAGUAAAAAAACAUUUUCUCCUCCAAACAUUUCAUGUAAACUGCACUUCAUUCAAAAAUGUUUGUGACCACUGUCAGUAGGUAAAGAGGUCAUUGUACGAAAUUCUUCCUGCUCCGCGGUCGGACUUUAGAAUUGGGUUUUGUGUUUUGACAGUAAAGUUUAAAGGCAUUUUAUGAUGUUUACUGGUAACAAAUACUAUUGAUCAUACAGAUAAGUCGUGUUUUACUGUUAUAUUGUAUAAUUUUUUCAUUAAAAAGCCAGAGUAAAUUUAGUUUCCGUCGAUGAAAAUGUAAGUAGUAAAUAGAUGAAUUAAAAAUUAAUAAAUUAGCCGCCAUAUUACACUAAGUUUUGGAUGAAGGAGAAUUUUUAGAAGAACGAUGAAAUUCCGUUUCAAAAGUAUUUAUUUUAAACGUUACUUAUAAUUUCUUGAAAUUGUAGCGUAAUUUGGUAUGCUCUCUUUUAAUUAAGCUCGAUUAUUAUAUUCCAUAAUAUAACUAAUUUAAAAAUUAAAUACACUGCCUCUUAGUUUUAUAAGGCUUUUUAUUCAUUACAUAUAUCGGAAUAAUUAAUUUUAAAUUCAAUUAUUUAA